ACAACCAGUCGCAUGAAGACUUUUGCUUGUUUACAUCGCCGCGGCUCCCUUUAAAACCAUUCGCGUGUAUAUUUAUCCGCACAUCAAUCUACAUCCUACUCUCAUCAAAACAAAAACUAAAUUUUUUUUUCCAAAAACUAAAAAUCUAAUUUCAAUUUAUUAAUAAAAACAAAGAAACUGUCUUUAUAUAUUGCUACGCACAAUUUUUUUUAAACGAUAAUUAGUAUAAGACACAACACAAAUUUCCAACAACAAACAAAACCAAAGACUAUAACAACUAACAAUAUUUUUGUUUAGACUUUUUUAAAUACGUAUAUCAAACAAUAAGUUUAUUCUUCAUACAAUUAAAAACUAUUCUACAACAAAAAUCUGAGAAUAUUUCAAUGAUCAAGUUUUAAUAUUUAUUCUUUAUAAAAAAAUACAAAAAGUGAACCGAACUUAUUAAUAAACAAAAAACUAAAUAAAAACUCAAGAAAAAGACUGUUUCUUAUUAUAAUUUUUGUAUGAGAUCAUCAAAAAUCAAUCAUAAUCAACCAAAGCAUCGAUUACAAAAAAAAAACAACAAUUUCAAAUAAAAAACAUCCAAUAAAAAAUAUCGAAUGAUUUCAUCACCAAAACCACAUCAUCAGCAGUUCAUGACUGCUAUGGGAAGGCAGCAUUCACAGCCGCUGCCUUCAGAGAAUUCGAAUGAUUUGAAUAAGAGUUCUCAACAACAAAAUGUGCCAACACAAAUUCAUUCCAGUCCUUGCAGUCCCAUAGUGUCAACUCGUCUUCACCAAAACCACCAUCAGCAACAACAGGUGCAGUCCGCUCAGAACAAUAAAGUUCAUUCGUUGGGUGCAGCAGGAAGUAGCUCGAUAAUGGCCAAUUCGAUUACACAGCAACAAUUAAAUAUCCAACAACAAUUGCAGCAUCAACACCAGGCCCACUUGAAUUUGCAUCAGCACCAUCAAUCGAACAUGAGUAUCAAUACAACUACGACCGAUGGUGGUGCAGGUGCUGCUGGAAUGAUUUCAAUGACAAGUGACCAGCAACUUAGUCAAUUGUAUAACAGCCAGCAGCAUUCGGACUACAUAAUUUCUGAUUACAUGGAGAAAAUUUCAACAAGGAUCAGCCUCUUGGAAACGGAGUUAAAGUUUGCUUGGCGUGCCCUCGACCUGCUUUCGAGUGAAUACGGAAAGAUAUAUGUGCGGCUUGAUAAAUUAGAAGGUAUAUCUAUGGAACAGCAGGUGGUGGUAACUAAUUUGAUGCAGCUCCACGGACAUGCUCGUUUAAAGGGUUCCGAAACCUUAUUUGCACCACCGCAACCACUACCGCAAGGUGGUGAAUACGGUUCAGGACAGCAAGAGAUCCUUCGCAAUCCUUCGUCAACUAAUGAUUUCAACAAUCUUCUAGAAGAACUUAAAAAUGAGGCCCUAGAAUCAACCGGCCACCUUGCUGCAUUCAACAAAAUACCUCUACCACCGAGAAUCUCUGCACAUGUUGGAAACCGAUCAAAGUCACUUCACUCAUCAACAAACGCUAGGUCACUGGACGCGCUCGGUUCUAAAGGCAACAGAACUACUCAGAGCUUCCAAGAUAUUCAGAAUCGAUUGCGACAGAAACUAUACUCCGACUCAGAUAUAGAGCACUAUGAUACCCACCAAGAUCAGGAGCUUUCAAAAUCCAAGGUACAAAUGCUUGGUGACCGAGAAUUCAGAGCUGCUGUAUCUUCCACUGUUGUUGGCAAUGAAAAUGAAGAUAUGUAUGGUAUGAAGGAUAUGGUAGAUAUGCUUCAAAUGGGUGUUGUAGCAGUCGAUGAAAGUGCAGAUGAAUCGACACCUUACAAUCAAUUGCGACAAGAGUAUAAUUUUUUUCGUAGCUCUGCCGAAGUAAACCGUGAUAAAUAUAAGAGUAGACUCGAAAGGCUAAGUGACGAGGAUUGCAAUGACACCGAUGAGUUUUUUCACCAACCAGCCUCUAAGAUGUCAGAGGGUAGAUUGAUGACCGUGCCUAUUGAUGAUUCGGGAGGAGGAGACGAUAAGAUAAGCGAAGAAAUGAGCGAAGAGUUUUAUAAAACUUUAAAUCAAGCAUAUCGUGAUGAUUUUUUAGGGACACUGCAGAGCGAUACAUCUAUACAUUCAGGAGGUGUUCACUCACGUCCAAUAUCAUCCCUGGGUAUGAUCUAUGAAGAUAACGAAGACUUAGUCCAAGAACCAACAUCCGCUUCUACAACUUCAGUAUCCUCUUCGACCAUCAUCAGUCAGUCAACAGCAGAAGAAUCAAUAAUUGUUACCACCCAUUCAGUCAGCAUCUUACCCAAAACGUCUAGAUCCACAGAUCCAACAAAGAAGUCUUCGAGAAAUAAAAAGCAACUUCACUCAGAAAUGGAUAUGUUAAAUAAUUUUAAAUCAGUAUUGGCUGCUUCUAAAACAAAUGCUGUUAUAACUACAGUUAGCACAGCCACAACCAUAACGACCUCAGAUAAAUGUUCAUUUCCUCAGUAUUCGUCGAGUCCCUACAACGACAUGAGUUCAUUUCUUCGGCACGAAAUAUUUGGAGAAAUCACUAAUUCCAACAGUGGCAGUAUCACUAAUCUAAGUUUGGAGCAGCAAAACGAUUUAGUUUAUGUUAUAAUCGGUGGUAUAAACAAAAUACAAGAUUUGAGUAUGUUGACACCCAUGGAAAUGUCAAAACUACGUAGGCUUAUCAAACGAGAGAGUGCUUUCUUCGAGCAAAUAAAAAAAGUGGAUAAAAACCUUGUUGGCCUUUUACUGAAUCCCAUUAGCAAAACGGAGAAAGAUCAGUUUGACGUCAGUGCUGAUGGAAAGUUCAACGUUAUAAUGGAGAAGCUCAAUCGAAACAUCGAAACAUUAAAAAAGCUCAUCGGCCCAUCAGAUCUAUCAAAUUGCCCACAUACGCCAUCACAAGAAGAACAAUUGUACGAUGAUUCUAGUGUGAUUUUACGUGGCAAUGCUGAUGAUGACGAUGAAUAUAGCUACAGUGCUCAACUCAUCCGGCACAACUCCAACUUGAAUGAGCAGUUGAAAUUGCUCGAAACCAAAGAGACUGAAAUGCAUCGAAGACAGAGGAGUACCAGUGAAUCAGAACGGUACGGGUACUUCGGCACCGACAACUAUAUUGACAUUGAUAUUGAAAAUGAAAAGGAGAUUUUUCGACAUGGAGAUAUCAUCGAUCACAGGUCCAGCAGUAGCAAUAUUUACAAUAAUGACGAAUAUAUAAAAUCCCUAAAAAAGUCUCUUGAACGGCAUAACUCAAUGCUGUUUUUGUUGCAUUUACAAAACCCUUGCUAUGAGAGGAAGAUUGACGACUUCUCUACACUUUGUGACGAAGAUAUGCUGUGCAAUACGUCACAAAGUCCACCACCUCCAGCACCGACAAACGAAGAGCUUAAAGCCGAUGAAGUUUUUUUUGACAUCGACGAAGACACCAAUAAUAUCAUCAUCGAUGAAAGCCAGGAAAUUUCUAUAAUGAAUCCAUUUCAUUAUGAUAUACUGCUGAUGCAUCAAAGUAAGAAGUCUAUUGACGAGGCGACUGGAAAAGUAGAAAUCGGUAUAGAGGAAAAGGUUUUAGAAGAAGAAGAGAUGACCUCGAGAAAGGAACUUUUGGGGCAAGUUCCUAUAAACCAAUCUGGUGGCAGUGGUUCAUGUUAUUUAAGACAUCAACUUCAGCUCCAACAAACACAACAACAAAACAUAGUAAAAAAAGGUAAACCUGAUUCGGGGUUGAACUCGUUAAGUGGUUUCUCAGGAGGAAAUUGGGAAAGAUCACCCAUCUUACCAAUAGCUAGGCCCGUCACAACAGCCAAAUCUAGCAAUUCAAAUAUCAAGGAUGAUGCUAAUCCAUUUAAUACAGCAUUGGUGUCAAAAUUUACACACACCAGAUCAGUGACAAUAGCUACAGCCUGCUCACAGAUACCAACAAUUUUAAGCACAACAACAUCGCUCUCCUGUUCCGAGAGGAAUGACUUCAUGUUCUCCGAAGAGAACCUCAAUUAUAUAAAGGAGCUUUCGAAGAACAUGCCAAUCUGCUCGGCGUAUGAGAAUAAAUCGAUGUUUGAUGCACAGCGCGAACGUAUAUUAGGUAAGAAUAGCGGUACUGUUGAUGAAAUGCUGGCUUGGGAUGAACAGCAACAUGCUAAGCAUUCUUUGCGUGUUGCUGCUGCUAUCGAAGCCUCUGCUUCAUCAAAUGCCUUGAUUGGACCUAUUGCACCACAAAAUUUGGAUUCUAUGCAAAAUUUCCCGGACUUGAUUCGCAAUCAGAACGAACAAAAUUUUUAUACUCAACCCGUUCGAGAGUCACCAGUAAGUGAUCGUAAAUCACCGAUUGCUCCUAAGGACUCUAUCCAAGCGCGCGAUGUAAGAGCUGAUUUAACAAGUGGACACUGUAAAAACAUCUCGCAAACUUCACCGUUCUAUGAGGAAACAGAUAUUGAUGAAAUCGAAUCUGCUUCACAAAAGCACCGCAAUCUGACUGAUCGCCUGGUUUACUAUCCAUCAUCGAAUAGCUUGACUGACUACAAUAGCAGCAACAACUUGGACUAUAUUGGGGGUCAGGGAGACUAUGGUAAUGGGGCAAGGCCACGCUACCGUUGCUUUUCUUCUCAGCCAUCAUCAUCGCAGCUCAGUCGACAUCUUGAACAGCUUGAAUUGUUGCACCAGCAGCAACAACAAAAGAAACAUUUAAAUGACUUGCAUCAGCAACAACAACCACAACAACGAAGCGCUUCACAACAAUCUUACCUUCUCAAUAGGCCCUCUGCCUAUUUGAGUAUUUCAACGAAUGUUGGGGAAGAUUUCCAACAGCAACCAUCAUCGUUUUAUUCAUAUCACCAUCCGCAACAUAUAAAUCGCUUAAAUCAUCAUCAGCAGCAGCAGCAACAUAUCGGAAAGCAAAAGCAAAAGAGUACUAUGCAGCGUGAAAAACACAUUGGAAAAUUCCAAAUGUGGGGCAAAAUAAGCCAUCUUUUUCCAGAUCUGAGAUUGAAGCGUAUGGGAAAGCAUAAUCGUUCGCAAUCUUUGGACAUGGAUGUUGAGCAUGACGUUGGUUACUGUCCAAUACCUAUGUCAGGAUAUCAGCAGCCGAAUUUCCCAGACAAACAUACUCAAAACGUCCAAGGUUUGAAUCUGAUGAAGCGAUUUUCAAAAGCUCAUCCAAUGACCAGACGUGCAACUCAUACUGGUGCUCAAAAGCCAUCAUCAACGAACAUGACUAGCUCCUCUAGAAAAAAGAAGCGCUCACUUUCAUCAACUGUGAGCAAUCUUAUGCAAAAAGCCAAGACUUAUCGUCGUUAUAGCUUUGGAGCGGCACGUCCUGGUUCGAGUAUGUCAGACCCUGGAGAGGAAAUGCCUAAUUUUACAUCAUCUGAUAACGAUGAUAAUACUAUGAGUGAAUCACGAAACUCUUUACAGAAUGAUUUGGACUUCUACGGAGGUACAGAUGAAUGCUCCGAAUCUAGCCAACAGGAUCGACAAAUAUCCUCGAAUGAGGAGAGCAAACAGCAGCAUUCGCCCCGUGGGUCACGAGGGGAAGAUAGUAUGAGACUCGACAUCGUUGUUCAAAGGGUUCGUUCGGCUUCUAUAGAUUCAUAUCAGAUACAGCCAUCUGCAUUGUCACCACCAACUCGUGAAGAGAAAGAAGAUGCUUCAUAUGCUGUUGUGAAUAAAUCGCAUAGAACAGAACCCUCAGCCAAUCAAAAUGGCGAUGUGUUUUUCAAAUCAAUGUUCCCCACCGUUGGUGACGCUAUAAAAUGCCAUCCACCAGAAAAGGAAUGUGAGUUUGAGAAUCAAGGUCAAGAAUCAGAACAAAAUCAGCAUCUGCAGGAUCCUAUACCUCUUCCAGAUAUAAAGAUUCAACCCGAUGUAGAAUAUGUUAAAGAACACGACAUUCAACACUCUGAAAGGCGAUUGUCUUCAUCGGGACCUCUGUUACAAAAGACUCAUUCCAUGUAUGUUGAAGAUGACGAUGUGGAUGAAGUUUGUAAUUCGAUGGGCUUCAGUCAGCCUCAAAUUAUGACCCCAGUUAUGACCCAACCCACCACAACAACAUAUUUCAACGGUUCCACGGCGACGACAUCAUCAAUGUCGAUGUCCCGAGCUAUGAAGUAUGGCCAACGCUCGCAAGCUUCUUUAGAUAUUCCGUCAGGUAAUCGAGAUGAUGAUGAUAACCGUAGCCAGCAUUCCUAUCGCACAGUGUCUUCCUCGAGGCGACAAAGCACUGAAGAUAGCAUUGACACUGAUGACGAGUAUUUCUGCUAUGAGCUUCGUCAGCUGGAAGAGCUUGAAACGCAAGCUCAACUUGAUGCUCAGAUGAAUCAGGAAGGUCUGCUUUCACAGAUCGAUCAGCUUGGGGCUGAACAGCUGGAUAAAACAACUUUUACUAUUCCAUCACAGUCCAAUUUACUAUAUCAACCAGAUCCUCAUGUCAAGCAGCAAAUGACAAAUGUGCUCGACGAACUAAAGUGUAAUGUUAAAGUUUUGGGCGAAAGCUUCGAAGCAGAAACGGAAGAAGGAACGGAUGACGCUGGUUCUUGUGAAGAACAGUUAAGGAAUAAAGACAAUGCUAAUCAAUUUGAAGACGAUAUAAACCAACCUAUGCUGAAUGGCAAUCAGUCGCAUUAUCAGUUGCCACCUAUUCGUGCACAGUACCAUCAUCACAUCUUACCACAAACUCCACCAAGCUCAACUCAUUUCCACCAUCAGCGAAUGCCAUCCGCUGUAAUCUACAAUUCUAAGAUGAAUGUUUAUGAAAAGUUUGCUAAAGUGACAGACGUUCAUAGUGCCUGGCAAGACAACGAUGAUGCUGAGGAACAGCGAAUGUUAAAAGAACUAAACAUGGUAGAAGCAAAUAUGAUGCCCGAACAGCAGCAAAAGCAGCAGCGUCAAUUAAAGAAAGUAAAAAAAGUUAAGAAACGACAACGAAAUGUCAGAAAGUUGCCGACCGAUGCUGAAGAUAGCGCUGAUGAUAUUCCUUUUUCUUCCUCGUCUUCACCGUAUUCAUCGUGUGCGGAAGAUCGUGGUGAUCGCCGUGCUGAGUCCAGACAUGGAGCGGCUUCUUCAAAGCGAGUCACAGCAUCUACGUCGUUAAAACCUGAACCUCAAAAAAUGUUUUCUGAAUCUACACGUGUCGAAGAGCAAGAAACAAUUGUGGAUUUUGAAGACGAAAAUACAAGUCGGUCAUCUGGAGCAACAUCAGGACCUGAUACUCCUUCUGACAUGAGUGACAACCAGGCUGAUAUCGACGACAAGCAGGAUUAUGGAGAAGAUUCCAACAUUUGUCAAAACUACAAUAAUUUGAAAGAGAAUAAGCAACUGGUAGACCAAACCUUAAUAACAGACGACUCUUUUCGAAAAUCUGAUGAAACUGUGCACAAAAUUUUGAAAAAACCUGACGACAUGGAGAAAAAUUCUUCAGAGGAGAUUGAGCAAGAACAGCAAGAUACAAUAAAUUCCGCUACAAUUGCAUCAGCAACUGAUACUUUUACAACAAUCAACGGUCACAUAGAGGAAACAAUACCUAAAACACCUUAUCAAGAAGAAGAAGAGGAGACUGAUGUUGUUGGUAAAGUCAAAACAUCAAAUGGAGUUGCCAUCAAGAGAACAAUCAUGAAAGCUAAUAGUCAGGAGUCCAGUGCUAGUAUGGAAGGUUCAGCAGCAGGUAAUGGUUGUGCAUUGGGCAGCAGUAAGUGGAAAUUGUUAAAGACACUGAAAGAAAAGAAGCUCGAAGAGCGAAAUAAUCAGGAUAAAAUUAGAGAAGAGGAGCAGUCUAAGGAUAAGGAAAAAAAUGGAUCAGGACCAGGUGAUGUUGGUGGCCGAGGCAAUGGUCAUCCAGGCGAUAACCCCUUUUACAGUAAUAUUGACAGCAUGCCUGACAUACGACCCCGGAGAAAAUCGAUACCACUCGUUUCAGAACUUACCAUGGCAGCAACAAAACGAAACGCAGGACUGACAUCAGCUGUACCUCGGGCAACCCUAAAUGACGAGGAGCUGAAAAUGCACGUUUACAAAAAAGCCCUGCAGGCUCUUAUUUAUCCAAUUUCAUCAACUACGCCACAUAAUUUUGUACUAUGGACGGCGACAUCACCAACUUAUUGUUACGAAUGUGAAGGUCUACUUUGGGGAAUUGCCAGGCAAGGUGUUCGUUGCACGGAGUGCGGUGUAAAAUGUCAUGAAAAAUGCAAGGAUCUCCUUAACGCUGAUUGCCUACAAAGAGCUGCCGAGAAGAGUUCAAAACACGGAGCAGAGGACAAAGCCAACUCUAUAAUUACUGCUAUGAAAGAGCGAAUGAAACAACGCGAACGUGAGAAGCCUGAAAUAUUUGAACUUAUCCGAGCGGUAUUCAGCGUUGAGGAAAAAUCUCAUACAGGUCAUAUGAAAGCCGUGAAACAAAGCGUUUUGGAUGGAACAAGCAAGUGGUCAGCUAAGAUAGCAAUAACAGUGAUAUGUGCUCAAGGCCUGAUAGCGAAGGAUAAAAGCGGUACCAGUGAUCCAUAUGUGACGGUGCAGGUUAGCAAGGUGAAAAAACGUACACGCACAAUGCCACAGGAGUUGAACCCUGUGUGGAAUGAGAAGUUUCACUUCGAAUGCCACAAUUCAUCGGACCGUAUCAAAGUACGCGUCUGGGACGAAGAUAACGAUCUCAAGUCGAAACUUCGUCAGAAGUUGACGCGUGAAUCCGAUGACUUCCUUGGCCAGACAAUAAUCGAAGUGCGAACACUCUCUGGCGAAAUGGAUGUGUGGUAUAAUCUAGAGAAACGUACUGAUAAAUCAGCUGUAUCCGGUGCAAUACGCCUACACAUAUCUGUCGAAAUCAAAGGUGAAGAGAAAGUAGCACCUUACCAUGUCCAGUAUACUUGUCUUCAUGAAAAUUUAUUCCAUUAUCUGUGCGAGGAAAAUUGCGGCAUGGUAAAACUUCCUCAACAAAAAGGCGACGACGCAUGGAAGCUCUAUUUCGAUGAAAUCCCCGAGGAAAUUGUCGACGAAUUUGCCAUGCGCUAUGGAAUUGAAAACAUCUACCAGGCAAUGACACAUUUUCAUUGUUUGUCGACAAAAUACUUGUGUCCUGGAGUACCCGCCGUGAUGAGCACUUUAUUGGCUAACAUUAAUGCAUACUAUGCCCAUACAACAGCAUCAUCAGCUGUAUCAGCCAGUGACAGAUUUGCCGCUAGCAAUUUUGGAAAGGAGAAAUUCGUUAAGCUCUUGGAUCAACUACACAACUCAUUGCGAAUUGAUUUGUCUAUGUAUCGUAAUAACUUCCCCGCACCACAGCAGGAAAAGUUGAUGGAUCUUAAAUCAACUGUAGAUCUGCUGACCAGUAUAACUUUCUUUAGAAUGAAGGUUCAAGAACUAUCAAGUCCACCAAGAGCUAGUACAGUCGUAAAAGAUUGCGUGAAAGCCUGUCUUAGAUCCACCUAUCAAUUCCUCUUUGAGAACUGUUAUGAAUUAUACAAUCGGGAAUUUCAGGUGGAUCCAAACGAGGCUAAACGUGACCCAGAUGAUCAUGGUCCCAAAUUGGACAGCGUUGACUUCUGGCAUAAGCUAAUAGCACUUAUAGUGUCAAUAAUAGAAGAAGAUAAAAACAGCUACGGCACGGUUUUGAAUCAAUUCCCACAGGAACUGAAUAUUGGCCAACUCUCGGCGGCCACUAUGUGGGGUCUUUUUGCUGUCGAUAUGAAAUAUGCACUUGAGGAGCAUGAACAACAUCGACUGUGCAAGUCUUCAGCUUACAUGAAUCUCCAUUUCCGUGUCAAAUGGUUGUAUAGUAAUUACGUUAAGGAAGUCCCACCUUAUAAGGGUGCCGUUCCUGAGUAUCCCGCCUGGUUUGAACCGUUUGUAAUGCAAUGGCUAAACGAGAACGAUGAUGUUUCCCUUGAAUAUCUCCAUGGUGCAUUCAAUCGUGAUAAGAAAGAUGGUUUUCAAAAGAGUAGUGAACACGCCCUGUUUUCGAAUUCAGUGGUUGAUGUUUUUACUCAACUGACGCAAUGUUUCGAUGUUGUUAGCAAGCUCGAGUGUCCGGAUCCAGAAAUAUGGAAGCGUUACAUGAGGCGCUUUGCUAAGACCAUUGUAAAAGUGCUAAUAGCUUAUGCCGAUAUUGUCAAAAAAGAAUUUCCCGAACACAUGAGAGAUGAACGAAUUGCGUGCAUCUUGAUGAACAACAUUCAACAACUUCGAGUUCAGCUUGAGAAAAUGUUCGAAUCGAUGGGUGGUGAUAAGCUCGAAGAAGACGCAGCUAAUAUUCUCAAAGAGCUUCAACAGAAUCUCAACUCUGCAUUAGACGAUUUGGCGUGCUUAUUUGCCAUUAGCCUUGAACCAAGAAUUACGCAAUCUGUGAGAGAACUGGGUGAUCUGCUUCUGUCUGUCAAAGGUGGUGGUAAUCUGAAUGCCAAUCAGGCAGCGCAACGUAAUGCCGUGGCCGUUGAAGCUGAUGAAGUACUGCGGCCGUUGAUGGAUUUGUUGGAUGGCUCAUUAACGUUAUAUGCUCAUUCGUGCGAAAAGACUGUAUUAAAGCGAUUAUUAAAGGAGCUCUGGAAGAUUGUUAUGCGCAUACUUGAGAAAACUAUUGUCCUGCCACCAAUGACAGAUAGAACGAUGAUGUUUAAGAAUAUUACGGACAAUGCUAAAAAUCUGGCAGCGAAUGCCAAGAUUGAGGAUAUGGGUCGUUUGUUUAAAAACCACAUGGCUGGCAAACAGGAUGUAAAAAAUGCUCUAAGCGGAGUCAUGGAUAUUUCCAAGGAAGUCGAAAAGAAUCUUUCACCCAAGCAAUGUGCUGUGUUAGACGUUGCCUUGGACACCAUCAAACAAUAUUUCCAUGCUGGUGGUAAUGGACUGAAGAAAACAUUCCUCGAAAAAUCCGCUGAAUUGCAGAGUCUACGCUAUGCCCUUAGCCUUUAUACACAAAUGACUGAUACUCUUAUAAAGACCUUCAUUACAAGUCAAGUUCACGAAGAUUCGCAGAAUGCUGAUGAAACUGUUGGUGAAAUUUCGGUACAAAUUGAUUUAUUCACUCAUCCUGGAACCGGCGAACACAAAGUUACUGUUAAAGUGGUUGCUGCAAAUGAUUUAAAAUGGCAAAUUCAAUCUGGAAUGUUCCGUCCAUUUGUAGAAAUCAAUUUAAUUGGUCCACAUCUACAGGACAAGAAGAGAAAACAUGCAACCAAAUCAAAAUCAAAUAAUUGGUCACCUAAAUAUAAUGAAGCAUUUCAUUUCAUGAUUGGGAACGAAGAACAAUUAGAUUUCUUCGAACUGCAUAUCUGUGUAAAGGAUUAUUGCUUUGCACGUGAUGAUCGUCUUGUUGGUGUUGCAAUACUUCAAUUAAAAGAUAUUGUCGAAAAGGGAUCAUAUGCUCGUUGGCUACCACUAGCCAAAAGAAUUCAAAUGGAUGAAACGGGUUGGACCAUAUUACGUAUCUUAUCACAAAGAAAUAACGACGAAGUUGCAAAAGAAUUUGUCAAGCUGAAAUCUGAAAUUCGACAGGAACCGAUGAUGGGAACUUAAAGUAAUAUUUACAAAAACAAUAAAUAGAGCAACAAAUAUUUGUUUUUAAUUUAGUUUAUUAUUUUAAUAUUGCGACACACAAUGUAUAAAAACUUUGUAUCAAUUUCUUGAAAUUGGAAGAUAGAUUAAAAUAUGGACAAAAUUACAGACACUAUUUUGGUUUCCUCAAAUGUUCGCAUAUAAAACUACUAAACUAUAUCUACUCUGAAAAAAAAACCGAACAAAAUGUUCGUUUUAAAUACUUAAAAAAUGAUACUUUAUUCUAUAAGAAAAAAAAAUUGUAUAAUAUGUAUAUGAAGGCAAACGUUUAUUUAGGUAAACUAAAAAGGCUUUAAAAUUGUGUAUAAACGAAAACAUUCUAGCUUUGAAAUGUACAUAUACAUAACGUAUUUAAAGAAAAAAAAAACAAUUAAAACAUAUAAAAUGCUAAAAUAUACCAAGUUUCUCCUAUCAAAAUUAAUUUCAAACCUCAAAUAAUUACUAUCAUCAAAACUAAAUUAAUCAAAUAUUAAUACAAAAAAUACAAGUAAAAAGAUUCAACAUUCUCGCAAUAAAAAACAACAUUAUUUUAGGCUUGACAAUUUAAAUACGGCAAAUACGGUAUACAGAAGUCCAGUAAAAUUCCCAUACAGAAUAUAAAUUACAUAAACUCAAAACCACGGAAAAUUUACUAGAGUUGCAAAUUUAUACAUAUUCCUAACUUAGGGGCAGUUUUUGAAUGGGUAGUUGGCUGUGUUUCCCUUUGAUAAGAAUGAAAGUUAUAUAAUGUUCGGUUCGAAAUCUUACAAAAAAUUUUAUUUAAUGGUUCAAUAGUGGAAUUAUUUUUCGCGUAAAAAUGUAUUCUUCUAAAAGGAGUUAUUCCAGUGUUCCAAUUUCGUAAGACAAAUUUCUGUCAGUAAAAAUUUGUCAUUUGAAUUUUUUUUCCAAUGAUCGCUAUAAGACGACCUGCCAAAAAAAUUCCUAUGAUCGGUUUCAAUGGUGAAAACCAAUGAUUGCUAUAACUGGCCCCUCAUUUAAAGACAAAUGUUUCAACAUGGUCAUUCCGAAAAACAAAAUGAAAUAGUAUCCAUGAGCAGAACAAUGCUAGGUAUGGGUGCAAUGACUUUUCGCUGCAAAUUUAGGCACAGAUGCAUCAUGCAGGGUCGCGCAUCAUGAUAGAAGCUGGGCAUAAGUUUUGUGUUAACUGAUUUUUGAAACUAUAUUUAUCAAUUAGGAAAAUAACUGAAAGAGUGGGCAUUUUUUUCAAUAAUAUCCUAGAAAAAAGGGCUAGUUAUAGUUAUCUUUGAAAAUAAACUAAUCCGGAAAAAUUUUGAAUGGAUAUUAUACUGUGUUUCCUUUCGAUUAGGCAAAAUUUUUACUGAUUGUUCGGAAAUCACUUAAAGAAUUUUGUUUUAAAAGAAAAAUGUUAACUACAUUUUUCUUAAUAAAUAAAUACAUGCAUUUUUCUAUUUUCCGGACGGAAACAGUACAUCUAUUUUCUCGAAAAACGAUUUUUUUCACUGAUUUAUGUGUUGAAUUUUUACAUUGACAGAUUUCUGACGAUUGAUCGAAAAUUUUAUAUAGCUUUAGCCACCUCACACGUUUGCUCAUUUCAAUAAAAAAAAUCAUUACAAAUAGCAUGUCGGUGCGACACAUCCGAUACCGCUUCGAGCGAAGAUUUAAAACUAUCUGCGAGAAAAACUAAAGAGGAGCUACAAAACUGUUUAAUGUUUCAAAAAGUCCAUACAUAUAUUAUGAUUGAUAUGGUUAUUAAUAUAAUAUCAAAUUUACCAAAACAUGAAGUCUAACCACAAACUUAUUAUAUGCCAUGUCUGUUAAUUUUUAAAAAUUUUAAUUGUUCAUUAGUGUUAAAUAUUGUUUUUGAAUUAACGUUAUUAUAUUUUAUUACUAAUAAACUUAUAAUUGAAACUUAUUAAUUCAUGAAAUUUAAUUGCUUUUCCGCUACAUUAAAUGAAAGUUUCCAAAUCAUCGCUUAAUGAAAGCAAAGGGUCCAGAAUAACUGGUGUUUUUGCUUCCAAUUUGUGCAAAUUUAUUUAAAAAAUAAUAGUUCUAUUCGAAUCAUAAUGAGUGUAAGGCUCACUUUUGGUUUAAUGGAUAUGUCCCUGAAUAAAACUGUGGUAUUUGGAGUGAUGAUAUAUAAUUCUUAAGUGUAUGUCCAGAAUUGUGGACAAUUGGUUUGCAAUUUUGUAAAUACAAUGCUGGCCAGAACGCUACAGUCAAUUGUGAACGCUGUACGCACAUGAUUGCUGACAACUUCGGUCAUCAAUUGAACCACAGGAGCUUUGUUUUCUACAAGACGCACCUGCUACACAGCUCGUGACACUCUAUUAAUUUAUGGAAGGAAACAUUCGGUAACCACAUAUUUUCCAGUUACCUACCCAUGAUUUGGCCUUAAAGAUCGUGCGCCUUACAGCCGUUUGUUUAUUUUUGUGGGGAUAUGUGAUGUUGCUUGUCAAAUUAGAUACACCCGAAACGAUUGAUCUCUUAAAGGAAAAUAUGAUCCGCGUUAUUAUCGAUAUAUGGUCACAAAUGUUUUAAAACGACAUAGAAAAUUGGACCUCCAUAUUAGACUACAUCCGUGCCAGAAAUCAUGUUUACAUUAUAAUAAUAAGCUUUAUAUUAUUUUGAUUUCAUGAAUAUUGUUGUAUAUCCCUUAAAAAAAACCUAAUUAAUGAAAGAUUGAGGAAAUUUAAAUAUAUUUUUGCAGUCACGUUGGAUUAAGGUUUUCAGGUCAUUCAGGGUUUCACUCAUAGUUUACACAUUGCAAAGCAAAUUCAAUAUUGUCAUCAAUGGCAGAUUGGUGAAACUAGAUACCCUACUACUUAAAAAUCGCUUAAAUAUUAUCUUUUCGAAACAUUAAUUUUCUACAAAACCAUACCUAGAGCUGACGAUGACGACUAGAUAAAAAUCAUUAUUUAUCUAUUUUUUUUACUUGAUGUUGACAUCUUUGUACUUAUAUUCAAAAAUUAUAUGAAAACGCCUUUAUUUUUGUUUCAAAAUUGUUGUUACGUUACCUACGUAUUUGUGUGUUAAAAAAUUUACAUAAAAUAAACAAAAACAAAACUUUAAAAGAAACUUAAAUCAUACUGAAAGAAUAAAUUGAAGAAUAAAAAAUAAAAAACAAUGUUUAAAAACAAGAAUUACUACAACAUAAUAAUGCGCGGUCCAAAUAGCAAAAAUAAAUGUAAUUAUAAGUUAAAAUAUAUUUUUUUUCUAACAAAAUAAAAAAUUACGAAAUAUCAUAACAGAAAUAAAUUUGGUAAUACUGAAAAUAGUGUAAUUUUUUAUUUUUUAAAAUAGUACUUAAUUUGUAAUUUGUACCAUAUUUUUUAAAUGUAAACAAUUUUAUGUUUGUGAAUAUAAUUAUUAAAAACUCUAUAACAUAUACUUAUACAUAUGGAUAUAUGUUAUGCAUAAAUAUAUAUGUAUAUAUAUAUAUACAUAAACAUUCAAAGUUCGGAUUUAAAAACAAAAAACUAAAACGUCUUCGAUAUUCAAUGCAUCUUUAUAUUUAAGCUUUUUAGAUGUGUUGACAUUUUUUCAAGUAAUUGUGCUCCUACAUUAAAGUCAUCAAGAACAAAAGAGAAGAACAGGAACUUGUGUUCACUGUUUUUGUUUUCGUUAAAAAAUUGCAAUUUCUGUCAAACUCAAAUAAAAGCUUAAAAGUUAGAUAAUAGUUGAAAAUCGAAGACAUUUACUUUUUUGAAUCAGUCUUAUAUCUAUUUAUAUACAUGGAUAUAUAUAUGUACAUAUAUAUAAACAUACGUAUGCAUAACAAUUAUUAUAAACAAAAAAAAUAAAAAAAUAUAAAUUUAAAAGCUAAUACUUUUUCCAUUUGUUUCCUUUGUAUAUAGAUAUAUAUAUAUAUAUUAAAUAAAUAAAAAUAUAUAUAUGUAUGUGUGUGUACAACAAUACACACAUACAUAUACAUAAAUAUAAACAUACAUAUUUAAAAUAACAAAAAUAGGCUUUAUUAAUGUUAAUGAAAAUAAUUAAACUGUUUAAUUAGUACUGAAAAUAAAAUAAAAUUAUUAAAACUUAAUAAAUUAUUAACAUUUUAUUUCACAAUUAAAACAAAAAAACGUAUAUAAAUACAAGAUCAAAAGCUGUGGCGUAUGCAGGCGGGAUGACCUCAAAUCAAGGGGCUUUUUCUUAUGAAUAUGAAAAUAAACUUAUUGUAUUAGUUCUUUGCACAAUAAUAUAUUUAUAUAAUGGCUAAAAGUUCCCAAUAUUAUUAUUACUAACAAAAAUAAUUAGUAAUAUAUAUAUAUUUAUGUGUAUAUACAUGUAUAUAAUAUGUAUAGGUAUAUAUGUGCAUAUACACAUAUUUUUAUUACAUAAAUGUAUAUAUAUAUAUAUAUAUAUAAAUAUGUUAAUACAUAAAUUGCAAGACUAACCCAUACAAAAAGCUAACAAAAUAUUUGUUUGAGAAAUUCAAUAGCUUAUUUAUAAUUACAUAUAAAAAAAAUCUAUUAAACAAAAAAAAAAUGCAUACAUUAAUAUGUUAAGAAACAAUCACUUAAAAAAAGUUAAAAGUACACAAAACUUAAAAAACAAAAACAAAAUAAACAAAGCUUUCUGGUCUUAAUAUAGUUCAUAUAUAUAUUUAAUACUUAUCUCUUAAAAAUGUGGUGCAAUAAUUAUUUUAUUAAAAAAUGUUAAGCAAAUUAUAAAAAAGAAUAAACAAAAUGAACAUAUGUUAUGUAUAUUAUACAUAUUGUAAAAACCAAUACAUAGUAUUAAAAAAUUAAUUAUUAAAAUAUAAAAAUUAGUAAAAAAAAAAUAAAAACUUUGACGCGUAUUGUGAAUUAUACCUAAAUUAAGAAAAAGUGAAAUAACAAAAUGACUACAUGCACAAUUGCACAUCUAAAAAGUUUUUAAAUAUAAUAAGAACUAUAUCUGUAUAUGCAUAUACUUUAAACUGAUAAGCAAAUUAACAUAUCUUCGAUUUACAAUGCAACCUAGCUCUUUUGUUAGAGUUCAUAAAGAAAAUAUUGUUUUACAAAAUGUCAGUUUUUUUUUAAAAUAAUAUUGUGUGUUUAUUUAUUUUCUUUGCAAAUCAUUAAUGAGAGAUUCACUUCUUUUGAAUAAAUGGCCUUUCAAAAAGAUCAUGACAUUAUGUUUUAGUUAAUGCCUUCCUUACAGGGAUGUUUAAUUGAGUUUAAAGUUGUUUGAGAUCACCUGUUGCAGCAAUCUAUUCUAAUAUAUAAAGAUACAAAUAAUGACAUUAAAUUUAAUUCCUGUAAGAAGAUUUCUCAUUCAUGAUUUAUUCACUACAAAUAUAGAACCUAAAAGGUUAAAAGUUCCCUUUUGAUUUAUAAUUGAAAAAGAGAAAACCGCAAUGAGCUUAUUCUAAAUAUUAUUCUCAAAAUUAGUAUUUUUCUUAAACUCUAACGAAAAAGUUAGUUGCAUUGAAAAUCUAAGUUAGUUUUUUAUUUAACCAGUCUUAUGCAUAUGUUACAAGUUAUAUAUAUAUAUAAUACAAAAAUAUAUAUAAGGAAAUGUAGUUAGCCAUACAGUAUCCCAAAUUAAAAAAAAAUUAUAUAAUUUCAUAAAACAAAUAUGCAGAAACUAUAAAAUAAUAAGAGAAACCUGUUUAUUUCCAUGACAAAGAAUAUUGUUUGAAUAAAUAAAUUGUACAUAAUAAUAUUAAAUAAAUUUACAAAUCUAAUGAAAAUAAUGAUUAAUAUACAAUAAAGUAAUAGCAAAACAAAUAAAAAUAAAACAGCAUCAAAAGGAAAAUAAAAUAAAGUAAUAGAUUGAAAAUAUA